AUGGCUUCCACCACCGCCAGCGGCGGGUCCGAGUACGACCUGCUCAACAAGCUCGCCCCCAACCUCGACCGCCACAUGAUCUUUCCCCUUCUCGAGUUCAGCGCCAGCCAGCUUGUUGACGAGGAUGGACAGGUCAGGGAUGAAGCCAAGGCGCGCCAGAUCACACAGGCCAAGUUUGCGCUCACGAAGCGCACCAACAUGACCGACUACGUCGCCAACCUGUACUGCGAGCUCGAAGGCCUCGACGAAGCCCCCGCCGAGUACACCGAGAGGAAAAAGCAGGUCUUCAGCCAGCUGGAGAACUACGAGCAACAGACCGCAAAGAUCACAGAGCUCCUCGAGCGCGACGACGUUGUUAAUGCCCUCCGAAGCGACAAGGUGGCCAACUUGGAGUUCUUGAAGCGGGAGCACGAUGUCACCAUCGACAUGGUCAACGCCCUCUUCGACCUGGGCAACCUUCAGUAUAGCUGCGGUAACUACGGUGAUGCCACUGAGACCCUCUACCGCUUCCGCGUCCUUUCCACAGACAACGACAAGGUCGCCUACGCCACAUGGGGUAGACUGGCUUGCGAGAUCCUCACCAUGAGCUGGGAGUCGGCGUUGGAGGAGGUUCAAAAGGUCCGCGAAGUUAUCGACUCGAAGCUGUCGCAAAACCCCCUCGCCCAACUGCAACACCGGACUUCCCUCAUCCACUGGGCUCUCUUCCCCCUCUUCAACUACGACAAGGCCCGUGAGCCCAUCCUCGACCUCUUCUUCAACGCCGGAUACAUCAACACCAUCCAGGCCAACUGCCCUUGGAUCCUGCGCUACCUUGCCGUGGCUGUUAUCACCAACCGCACCAAGGCUAAGAACAUGGGGGUCCAGCAGAAGCAGAUGAAGGACAUUGUCCGCAUCGUCAAGCAGGAGGCCUACGAGUACCAGGACCCCAUUACCCGCUUUGUACACGCCCUGUGCAUCGACUUCGAUUUCGAGGAGGCCCAGCAACAGCUCGUCCUUGCUGAGGAGGUCCUCCGCGGCGACUUCUUCCUUCUUAACCAUGCUGAUGAGUUCGUCGACUCGGCCAGACAUCUCAUCUUCGAGAGCUACUGCAAGAUCCACGCCCGUAUUUCCCUUACCGACCUCAGCGCACGGUUGGGUCUCAACGCCGAGGCUGCCGAGAAGUGGAUUGUCAACCUGAUCCGCGACACCAGGUUGGACGCCAAGAUUGACUACAAGGAGGGCACAGUCGUCAUGAACCACCCACCGACCUCUGUCUACCAGCAGGUGAUUGAGAAGACAAAGGGCGGUUUCUUCCGGACACAGGUUUUGACUUCCGCGGUUGGUGGCAGGUCAUAA